AUGACGCAGCGAAAGCUCCCCUUCUUCGCCCUCGGCGUUGCUCUCUUGUGCCUCUUCAUAUAUUCCAGCCGCACCGCGCACGAGUCCUGGCAAAACUUGCCUCAGCACCUGCACUUUGGUGACCAUGUUGGCACGGAGCACACAGAGCCGGACUUUGUCAACUGGAAUCCAAAGCCCAACUUCAAGGCUGGAUCGCCCCUGCCGCCUGAUCACAACUACACUUCGGUCUUGGUGAUUGCCAAAACCAAGCGGGAGGAUAUACGAUGGAUGGAGGGCGAGCUCGCCGGCCAACAGAAGGCGAUAUACGUGGCCGACGACCCUACCGCACCGCUGCACCCGCCCAAGAACAAGGGCCACGAGGUUAUGGUUUAUCUGUCUUGGAUCAUUGACCACUACGACAAUCUACCUGACGUCGCCAUUUUCAUGCAUGCACACCAGUAUACUUGGCACAACGAUGAUCUCCUGGGGCACAAUGCCGCCGACAUGAUCAAGAGAUUAAGCCGCCCCCGGGUAUGGAGAGAAGGGUUCGUCAAUAUGCGAUGCAAUUGGUACCCAGGUUGUCCUGACUGGAUGAAUCCCGGCGAGACAGAGAAAAAUGUCUUCAAGCAAGAAGAACACCUACUCGCCAAAUCGUGGAGCGAGCUAUUCCCACUCGACCCGGUGCCAUCUGUACUGGCACAGCCGUGUUGCGCCCAAUUUGCACUUUCCCGUGAGCGCAUUCAAGCCAAGCCAUUCGCACAAUAUCUCUGGUAUCGCAAUUGGCUCUUCUCAACAAAAUUGCACGACUCCAUUUCCGGUCGCAUUUGGGAAUACGUCUGGCAGUUCGUCUUCACGGGGAACAAUGUAUAUUGCCCCAAAGAGCACGUCUGCUUCUGCGACCAAUACGGCAGCUGCUUUGGAGGCGAGAACGAGUUCGAGGAGUUCUUGAAAAAGAAGCAUGAACUGGAGGAUCGCGAGCAUGAGCUGAACGACUGGAGGGACAAAGCAAAGGCGAUCAAGGAAGCAAAUGACGAGCUCAGGUUUGGGGAUGCUGAGAAACUGGAGAAGCCAGAGCCUGGCAAGAAUGUCUUAUUGGAGAAAGAGAUUCAGCAGCUGCGGCCUGUUGUCGACAAGCUGAAGGCAGACGCUUGGGAGAGAGGGAAAGAUCCCAAGAAUAGGGCUAAGGAAGCUGGUCGGGAGUGGCAUGAAGGAGACGGAUUCUAA